AUGGAUGAACACAAAAAAAAGUUAAAUUACAUGGAGAAAACAAGUGGAUAUGAUGAUUUGGUAGGUAGUUUAGGUAUAGGUACGCACGUACCGUUACAAUUUAGACGUCUGCUUAUGCAAAUGGAAGUCGUUCAUUUUAAAGUACCCGUUAAAAUUAAAGAAUCGAGGAAUGUGAGGAGAUACGAUUUGCUUUCAUUAAAAUGGAUGGAUUUGAUUGGUGGAUUUUUUUUUUAA